AGGCUGAGGGAAUGAGGUCUUCAUGCACCAGCAGCUGAGGUUUGGGGUUGGAUACCCUUGUAGCUGCGGGGGGGGCAGAGCUGGGGUCGAGCCCCAUGCUCUGGUCUUGGCAAACAGACCUGUUGUGUUGAGGAUUUUCUUUCUGGAGCCAGGAGCAGUCCCAGCCCCUCGGCAGGAGCCAGCUGGGUUGAUGCUCCAUUUCAGGAGCCCGACAGAAAAGAGGGAUGAAAUCUGUGGUGCUUGAUGGUGCUGGUCCUGCUGCUGUAAAGGCAGAGCUGUUUCAUGAGCCUGGAAUAGUGUCUCCUUUCAAACGAGUCUUCCUAAAGGGCGAAAAAGGUCGGGAUAAAAAAGCCCAGGAGAAGGUUACGGAGAGACGGCCUCUGCAUACGGUGGUGGUGUCCCUGCCUGACCGCGUUGAACCAGAUGUGCUGCUGAAUGACUACAUAGAGAAAGAAGUGAAGUAUUUAGGUCAACUCACAUCCAUCCCGGGGUACCUGAAUCCCUCGAGCCGCACGGAAAUCCUACAUUUGAUCGAUAAUGCAAAGAGAGCACACCAGCUCCCAGGGCAGCUGACCCAAGAACAUGAUGCUGUCAUCAGUCUCUCUGCCUACAACAUCAAGCUGGUGUGGAGGGAUGGAGAAGAUCUCAUCCUCAGGGUCCCCAUCCAUGACAUCGCAUCUGUUUCCUACAUCCGAGAUGACUCCUCUCAUUUGGUUGUGCUGAAAACAGCUCAGGACCCUGGGAUCUCCCCAAGCCAGAGUCUCUGUGCGGAGAGCUCCAAAGCGCUUACUUCAAGCUCACUGUCUGAGAGCGGAGUGGUUCCUGUCGAAGCUUGUUGCUUGGUGGUCCUGGCUACGGAGAACAAAGUGACUGCCGAGGAGCUGUGCUCACUUCUCAGCCAAGUCUUCCAGAUAGUUUACACUGAGUCCACGAUAGACUUCUUGGACAGAGCAAUAUUUGAUGGGGCAUCCACACCGACGCGGCACAUGUCCUUACACAGUGAUGACUCUUCUACAAAAGUGGAUGUUAAGGAACCUUAUGAAACGGAAGCAAGCACUUUUUCCUUUCCAGAAACCUUGGAUGCAGGUGACAACUCCCCCUCUUCCUUCUCCACGCAACAGUCUCCACACAUUAAGACAGUGAGUGAGAGCGAGCUGAGCACCACGGCGACAGAGCUGCUCCAGGACUAUAUGAUGACGCUCCGAACAAAACUCUCUUCCCAAGAGAUCCAGCAGUUCGCAAUGCUCCUGCACGAGUAUCGCAAUGGGGCUUCGAUCCAUGAAUUCUGCAUCAACUUGAAGCAGCUCUACGGGGACAGCAGAAAGUUCCUGCUCUUGGGUCUUCGCCCCUUCAUUCCUGAGAAGGACAGCCAACACUUCGAGAACUUCCUGGAGACCAUCGGGGUGAAGGAUGGCCGGGGCAUCAUCACAGACAGUUUCGGGAGGUACAGGCGGACGCUGAGCACUACCUCCAAUUCCACCACCAAUGGCAACGGCGCUGCCGGCAGCUCUGAUGAUCAGUCCGUCCCUUCGGAGGAGGACGAGUGGGACCGAAUGAUCUCACACAUCAGCAACGACAUCGAGGCCCUGGGGUGCAGCAUGGACCGCGAUUCCUCCUGAGAGCAAGCUGGGGGAGAACGGCCCCGGCAGCUCCCCACCCGGGGGGGCUCACUCUGGCACCCUCCCAGAGAGACCCCGCAGCAGUGACCGUCGCUCUGGAAGAGGUUUUGGGGCUAGAUCAGGAUGUAAUUACUCUCCCAUCCUCGUUAACGGCUCCAAGUGGCUGUUGGGCGGCAGCCAGUGCCCUCUCGCCAGGCUGGCACGCUGCGGCAGAGGACCCCAGGGCAGGAGCCUGGCCUGCAGCUGCCUCUGGUUUGGUUUUGCCAGUGCAGCGGGGAGACAAGUCGGCUACAACCCUCUGCCUGGUUUACAGUUUUGCACAUGGUAUCCCUGUUGUAACUGCUCUCUUCCUCCUCCUCUUCUUCUUCCUCCCCCUGUUUUUGAAUGAAGUUUACCACAAUGUGAAUUAUUUAAA